UUCUCCCACGGUCUAACCUGUCUUCAGCGGUUGUAAGCUGACACCACAAACUUGCAGGCAUUUAAAAGUGACGGCCCCCUUUACAUACUUUAGUGUACUCACAUGUGGUGGACCUGAGGGCGCUGAACAUCUGGUCGUGAGUGAUGUGUGUACCAGACGAAAAACACGUAAGAAGAAGACUGUGAAUAAGAGACAUCUGUGGAAGAAUCCUACAGUUACUGUGAGCGUUUUUUUCUCUGGACUAGUGGGAUUCAUCAAAGAUCAUUUGGUGCUGAAACAUGGACAGUGAAGUUGGAGCAACGAAAGCCACUCUUGGCAGUCCCAUCACCCCGAGGCAGUUGACUGGAUUGGGGAUGAAUGGCUGUCUCUCACUAAGGUACAGACACUCUGGACCAGGCCUGGCCUGUCCCCAGGAGUACCACCAGUGGCUCCCCUACCGCCAUGACUCCAGCCUUCUGCCCAUGAAAGAAGACCUGGCCUUCUGGCUCAACACCAUGAUGGGAGUGGACCUCACAGCAGAUAAUCUGAUGGAGAGUUUGGAUAAUGGCGUUCUGCUCUGUGAGCUGGCUCAGCUGCUGCAGGACAAGAUGAUGCACAACAACAAUGGCAAGGUCUUCACAAGAAGAGUGAUCCACUGGCGAGCUGAUGCAACUUCUGGAUCAUUUUUCGCCAGGGACAACACGGCCAACUUCCUCUACUGGUGUCGAAAGAUUGGUGUUGAUGAGGCUUACCUUUUCGAGUCUGAGGAUUUGGUCCUCCACAAGAAGCCUCGGGAGGUGUGCCUGUGCCUGAUGGAGCUGGGACGGAUUGCAGCCAGGUACGGCGUGGAGCCACCGGGGUUGGUUAAGUUGGAGAGCGAGAUGCAGAGGGAGGAGGCAGGGAGCUUAUCUCCAUCAUCCCCUUUUUUCAUUUUUCCUCCUCUCUCAUUGUAUUCACCAUCCCAGCCAUCCCUACCACCUGCCCCUUCUCCCCCUCUCCCUGCACCCGCUCCCCUCACUCCAAGGGCAACCAGUCCAUCUGAACCCCUCGCUGCUUCGCUUGCCUCUGAUCUUCCAUCAGCCACAACAAACCCAGCAACUAUGUUUUCAUCCCCUCCUCAGUCCCCCCUCUCAUCCUGUACUCCUUAUACAACCACAGUCUCGACACAAACACCUUUGUUCCCUUCAUCCUGCACCACUAACACAUCUGCCUCAACUCCGCUAUCAGCGCCUUCACCAGGCCAAACCCUGGAAUCCACCACCAAAGUCUGCCUUACCGCAAUAAACGCCCACCGUGCGACAGCUACACCUCCCACUAAUUCCCCACCUGCAGCCUUGACUCCUCGCUCAUCAAACAAGUCAACCAUCAGGAGGAGCUCCUGCACCAGCAUUUUGGAUGACUUUGUAAGAAACAUUAUUGAAAAUCCACCCUGCAGUUGUCCCAUCACCUUCCUGGUUGAGAAACAACCAAAGGGCUGUUACCGUGUUGGGGACAAAGUUCUUUAUAUACGAAUGCUGAAUGAGCGUCACGUGAUGGUACGAGUGGGUGGAGGAUGGGAGACCUUUAUGAGUUACCUGAAGAAACAUGACCCCUGCAGAGGAGGAGAAGGAGGAGCAGUGCUGGCAGGUAAAUCUGAGGUCAGGCUCUGUAAGGACAAACCAAAGCCACCCAACUUGAACAUCUCACCUGACAGUUACAUGGUGGUCGGAGCCCAUUAUCGUGGCAAGAAGUAACUGCCUCCGGCUUCAGGUGGCAGCGGGAACUCUCACCUAAUCAGAGCAAAGUGUUCAAGGUCAGUGAUUCAACACAGCUGACGUCCAUUUUACCUCAAGUUAAAAUACAAUCCAACCUUUUCUCCUUAUACACCGAUGUGACUGUUCUUAUAGCUGUGUGAAGUACGCAACUGACUGUGAUUACAAGCUUACUUAACUCUGCGUAUGCCACAGUGCGUUAGGAGGCAAAUAAAUGGCAACAAUUUUAUCAAUUUCACCGCUUCCUGCUGCUGCAAUUUGUGCUUCAGCAGCUUUAUUGUGAGCUGUAAGAAAUUGCAGCGCAGAUAUUUUUGUCAGCGCACCAUCUUUUGGAUGUACAUCAUUGCUUCCAUAUAUACUUCAUUGUGAAACACUCUUUCAGGAAAAGGGUUUUUUUUGGUACUCUAUGCAAUAAUGUGUCUGGUGUAAAGUCAUGUUUAGAUUUGUGCAGUUUCUCAAGCUCACAAUGUGUUUAUGUUUGUUUGAACUUUUUUUUUAUUUUAGACAUCCACAUUCCUUAAUCAUCUGUGUAUUUGAGUUUCAUUGGAUGUUUGCCUGUAAUUAAACCUUUUUUCUAAAAAAUAUGUGUUUAAAAUAAUUGUAACUUUUAAAAAAAAAUAUAGACUUGAUUGCUAUUGCAAGAACUAAAUAAAAGAUUUCUUAAUGCUGCUUCAUAUUUACUUACUUCUCACGUUAUUUGUAUGUUUUGGGCCUUUUAACACAGAUUUACUCAUCCAAGUCUUUUUAAAAAAAAAAAAAAAAAAAGCAAAGACACAAAAUGUUAAGUUCUCCCUCUAGGUGGCACCAUGUCCUCAGUGACAAAAGGCCAACUGCCGCCGUGGUGAUUAGUUGGGGAAGUAAUGUGUCAACACUGGCGCUAUGAUGGUGUCCUACCUUCCUGGACAUUCAUCUCUUAGCUGGACUGUCUGUUUUCAGUUCAGCUCCAGAAAGCACCUCUACCCUACAGAUUUAACAGUACAAAACAUCUUGCUGCCUCAGAC